AUGACAGUAACUGGAUCUGGAGAAGAUGAUAUUGAAGGUUUCUAUUCACAUAGAACUCGUCGAAGUGGUCUCAGAAAAAUAUAUCGAUCAGACAAGUUUAUUGAAUUAACAGAUUCUGAACAUGAAAUUAUAAUUCAACUUAUUUGGAAUGCUAAAGAAAAACAAUUUAAAGGCCAAUGGUAUGACGACACGAAAUUAAACAAAGUAAAAGGUGCCUUUGAACUAACACAUGAUGAUGAACUAAGCCAAUUUGUACUUGAAAAAGUUUGA